AUGCAGCCGGCGGCGAUGGAGAUCGGCCAGCCAGCACCUGCGCCGCCGGCAAUGGCGACAGGGCAGCAGCAGCCGUGGGAGUACAGCCUGCGGAAGUACCUCCUCCUGCUGGCCACCAUUGUGGCCACGGUGACGUAUGCCGCGGGCUUCAACCCGCCCGGGGGCGUCUGGCAGGAGGGCUUCAACGACGGCGGUCAACUCGCCGGCGAACCCAUCAUCCGCCACACCCACUACCACCGCUACCUCGUCUUCUUCUACUGCAACGCCAUGGCGUUCGCUGCGUCGCUCGUGGUCAUUGUCCUCAUCCUCAUCCUCGCCGUCCGGCACGACAAGGAGAAGGAGAAGAAGGGCGCCGUCUGGGUCUUGAAGGACAUCGUGCCGCUGCGGCUUGUGAUGGUGCUCGACCUGGUCAGCCUCAUUGGCGCUUACGCCGCUGGCACCUGCCGAGACAAGCUGUCAACCCUCUACUUGGCGGCUUUGGUGACCACCAUCUUCCUCUACAUCGUGCCUCUCAAACUGCGAGACUGGUGGUCUCUUGAUAGCAACUCUGUCUUCGCCUCCAACCUCCGGCGCGAGGCCCUGAAGGUGAUGAAAGCCGAAGAACGGCUCCGCAAGGUACUGAUGCUUCUGGCCAUGUUCGCGGUGAGCAUCACAUACUGCGCCGGGAUGAGCACGCCAGGCGGCUUCUGGGACAGCAUUGGGGACAGCCACUGGCCGGGCGAUGCAAUUCUCAAGGACCACCACAGCCUGCGUCUGACGGUGUUCUUACUCUGCAACACCACGUCGUUCUUGGUGUCCCUGCUCAUCACCAUGCUGCUCAUCAUUGACAGAAAGCUCCACGAGAAGACGCCCCGGUCUAUCGUGCUCUAUGUGUGCAUCGUCGUCGCCCUGAUCGGCCUCAUUGGCGCCUACGCCGCUGGCGGCUGCAGGAAGACCGACACCACCGUAUACGUGGUCAGCCUGGUUGGCGCUGUUCUGGCAUUCAUCCUACUCCAUGGGUUCUCCUACACUUCUUGUUCCGGUACAGAGCAACAAGCAGAUGGAAAUCAGCAGACUGAUGAUAAUGCCAGUGCAAGGGAGGCUCUGGACAAGGCUCGUUCUCUUGUUCUACUGCUUGCCACUCUUGCCGCCACCAUCACCUACUCAGCAGGGUUGAACCCGCCGGGUGGCCUUUGGCAGGACAACAGCAAUGGGCACAUGGCCGGCAACCCAAUCCUUGUCACGACGAAUGCUAGGCGGUACAAUGUCUUCUUCUACUGCAACUCGGUUGCCUUCGUGGCCUCGUUAGUGGCCAUCAUCCUGGUCCAGAAGGAGCUUCUGGUCAAGCAUCACGUGCUGGAGGCAGCCAUGAUAUUCGACCUGUUUGGCCUCAUCGGUGCGUAUGCCGCCGGGAGCUGCCGGGACGUGAACCACUCCAUCUAUGCCAUGGCCUUGGCAGGCGCCGUAUUGGUCUACGUGGUAAUCCAUGUUGCCUUCUUCACGCUGGAUCACAAGGAAAAACAAGAUGAUAACGAAGAUCGGUUGCUUGAGAAGAGGCGCAAACGGUUGCUCCUCUUCGCAAUCUUGGCAGCGACCAUCACCUACCAAGCUGGCCUCACCCCUCCAGGCGGCUUCCUACUCCAGGACGAUGGGCUCGGGCACCACGCCGGCGACCCGGUCCUCUUGUACAACUACCCACGCCGCUACCAUGCCUUCUUCUACUGCAACUCGGUGAGCUUUAUGUCGUCGAUCACCAUCAUCAUCCUCCUGGUGAACCCCAAUCUAUACAGGACAGCCAUACGAAGCAAUGCACUAUCUAUUUGUACGGCGGUGGGCUUCUUUUGUUUGAUGGGGGCCUAUGCCGCCGGAAGUACGCAGCACCUCAAGACAUCCAUCUACAUCUUCGUGUUGGUGGCCGUGGUCAUCUUCUUUUCAGCUGGGCUGCUGCUAGUAUUUUUGGUGAGGGAGCUGAACAGAAAUGGCAAUCCAGCAGCUGUGCGAUCAAUAGAACAGGAGCCCCAUAAGGACGAAGAAGAAAGGAAGAAGGAUGAAGAAGAACAGAGGGAGGAGGAAGAAGAAAGGAAGAAGCACGUGAGGCGCAAGUACCUGAUGCUGCUAGGCAUCUUGGUGGCGAGUGUAGCCUACCAGGCCGGCUUGCAACCGCCUGGUCGGACAUGGCAGAGCAGCGUCAACGGGUACGAGGCAGGCAAUCCGGUGAUGCAUGACAAUAUGAGGGGCCGGUACCUUGCCUUCUUCUACAGCAACUCCAUUUCGUUUGUGGCUUCCAUCGUUGUCAUCAUCAUGCUGCUACCACACUGGCUGCCGAACAAGAAGAAAGAAGAAUGUGAAGAGUGGUCACUGAGGGUGAUGAACAAGACGAUCAUACUGGAUUUGUUCGCCCUCUUAGGGGCCUAUGCAGCCGGCUCUAGCAGGGCGUGGAAGACAUCUAUGUAUGUCGCCGCCCUCAUCUUUGCCGUGCUGGGCUACUUUGCAAUCCAUAUGACACUAUCAUUCCUUUCCCAUCGUCGCCAUCGUCGCCCUGAGAGGCAGAGCAGCCGUCGUCUUCAUGAGAGGCAGAACAGUCGUCGUCUCCAUGAGAGGUAGAACAGCCAAAGGAAUCAUCCGGUGUGAUUCAUCAUCUGUGUGCUCACCUGUAGACUGUAGUAUAGCUCAUCUGAGCUGUGAGCCUCUUACCUAAGCUAUUUUCUCUCUAAUCGGCCUAGCUCUGCCCAAUCUCUACCCUUCUCUAGCUCUCCCUCUUUUUAGUGAUGUAAUAGGGCUACUUGCUUGGGCAGGUGUGUUCAUUAUUUAGUGAUGAA